GGCCAGUGAGGGGCCGGCGCCGGUCAGCGGCGCACAGUGGCGGACACGGGGACACGAGGAUUCGUGGACACAAUCCGGAGAGCCGAACGGAGCGCCGGCGCCAAGUUGCACGCCAGGAUCGAACGCCAGUGUAAACAAGGACGGCGACUGUCCUCGAGGUGCCCCCACCAAACUGGACUGCGCUGAGGCCGAGCCCGGACGGAGCCCCACCACGUGACCUGGCCGGCGCGUCUGCGCACUGGCUCCGCGGAGACGAGCCCCCGUCCGGCUGUAAACAGAGCUGUCCUCCGUGACGCCAGCCAGUCAGAUGCGCUGAGCGCGCACGUCAGUCUGUGAGGCCGACCGUCGCCGCGCGCGCCGUCCUCUCACCCGGUCCAUGAGUGACUCGAUGGUCCUGAAGUCGGAGCCGGCCUGGGGCGACUGGGGCAGCUGGAGCGAGGCGGACACUGCCUCCGACCUCUCUGUCUUCUCGUCGUCGCCAGGGAGCGACUCGUGUCUGACGUCCUUCUCGGAUAACACGACGCUCGAAUGUCUGAGCCCGGCCGACUACCUGGAGGAGUUCUUCUCCAGUUUGGAGGUGCGCCCCGAUCCUGGUGCGCUCGACUGCACGCCUGCCGACGACGACGGCCUGAUCGACUCCACCAUGAGCAUGUGCGACCGGCUGCUGAACCUGUCUCCGGCCGGGCCGGUGUCGGCCUCCCCGGCGCCACCGCCGCCGGCCCCGCCGCCACCCCCGCAGCCGACGGCACCCGCCCAGGACAUGGUCGUGCUCGGCAUCAACCUGUUCAACCUGACGCAGUGCGUGUCGGAGCCGCUGGUGGUGAGCCGCGCCGCGGCGCCGCCGGCGCUCGUCUCGCACGACUACAGCAGCCAGCUGGUUCGGCUGGCGCCGGCGCCGGCGCCCUGGUCACCGUCACCACCCCCGCUGACGGUGGUGCGCCGGCGCGGGCCGCGCAGCCAGGUGCGACCCGAGGACAAGGUGUUCGCCUGCCAGCACCCGGGCUGCGGCAAGCUGUACGCCAAGUCGUCCCACCUGAAGGCGCACAUGCGCCGGCACACGGGCGAGAAGCCGUUCGCGUGCGGCUGGACCGGCUGCGGCUGGCGCUUCUCGCGCUCGGACGAGCUGGCCCGCCACCGGCGCUCGCACUACGGCAUCAAGCCGUACUCAUGCCCCGUCUGCCAGAAGGCGUUCACGCGCUCCGACCACCUGGCCAAGCACACCAAGGUGCACCGGCGCGGCCGGCACAUGAGCCGCGCGCGCACCGUGCACGCGGCCGCGCGCAAGCCGUGAGGUGGCCACUGCGGCGGCGGCGCCGGCGCUGGAAGCUCUGCACCAAAAAGGUGCGCUGCCUCAGCGAUGCCAUUGCGUAACGAAGGGUGGCCGCGGGGUGGGGUGGCUGUUCUGUUGCUGCUUGACGCUGUCGCAACUUUUGUACAUAGCCGCCAGACAUUGAACGCUGAGUAAAGAUCACGGAUGUCUGAGCACGUUGUCCAUAGCCUGCUACUUUUUCUUCUCACUCUUUGCCGAGUCACUCUUUGACGAACCAGCGAUGCUUCUGGGAAGCUCGACCGCGCCUUAUCAAACUUAUGAGAUCGCCGUAUAUUUUAUCAACCGCGACCAAGCGGUGUCAUGUUUCGUCGUGCUCGCUCGCUAUGUCGAAAUCGCCGCUUCUCGGAUUUCUCUCGCGCCGCGACGGCCUCACCAAAGAUGGUCUGUUUGUGUAUGUAUACGGCCGAGUGUCUGGCCGACCGGAGAGGUCGCGGCGACCUGUCCCCUCCCAGACGGCUCCGUCUCGUGGCCGACCUCACAAACGGACCCAUAGUUUGGAUAUGGCGGGGCCUGCGCCGCCGUCCGCCGCUCCACUCCCCACCACGCGCUCUGGGCGCCGAGCAUCUGAGCGACGCCGUGAGCCCACGUCACGUAGUAGUUGACUCGUAGUUUACGAUCGCGGCAUAAUGUGCAUGAGGCUAUUAAUGAUGUCAUAUAGGUCUAUACGCCGGCGACCACACAAUGGUGAGGAGCGGUUGGACAAUACGGUGCUUCCACGAAAAGAAAGCAAUCAUAGAUUAAGGGACCAAUUGAUGUGGUAGAUAUGCGUGGAUGUUGUUAUUUGUUAUAUUGUAUCAUCGGUAUGUGUACAGGAAUACAAUCCAUAAUAUCGAA